GCUGCCGAUUUCCGGCCGCCGCUGCCGCCAUUUUGGUCGCGCGGAAGCGCAGCCACCGGGUGGGAGUCCCGGAGAGGGGGAAGUCGCGUUCGCUGCGGACGGUGCCACCGCCGUCAUGCCGUCUUCGCCGCUGCGGGUGGCGGUGGUGUGCUCGAGUAACCAGAACCGGAGCAUGGAGGCACACAACAUCCUCAGCAAACGAGGAUUCAGUGUGCGCUCCUUUGGGACAGGGACACAUGUGAAACUCCCAGGACCAGCCCCAGACAAGCCUAACGUCUACGAUUUCAAAACCACAUAUGAUCAGAUGUACAAUGAUCUUCUUAGGAAAGACAAAGAACUCUACACACAGAAUGGAAUCUUACACAUGUUGGACAGGAAUAAGAGAAUCAAGCCUCGACCAGAGAGGUUCCAGAACUGCAAAGAUCUGUUUGAUCUGAUCCUCACCUGUGAGGAGCGAGUCUACGACCAAGUUGUAGAAGAUUUGAAUUCCCGGGAACAGGAGACCUGUCAGCCAGUGCAUGUCAUCAAUGUGGAUAUCCAGGACAACCACGAGGAGGCCACCCUGGGGGCCUUCCUCAUCUGUGAGCUGUGCCAGUGUAUCCAGCACACGGAGGACAUGGAGAACGAGAUUGACGAGCUGCUACAGGAGUUCGAGGAGAAGAGUGGCCGGGCCUUCCUGCACACUGUCUGCUUCUACUGA